AUGUCUAGUACAUUUAUUGAACAUUCUCCUGAAGCUGAGGGAGAUAAAUCCCUAAUACUCAUAAUGGAUGGCGAUGGGAAUGUUACAGCUGAUCCUGCUCAUUUUGAAAAGUUAAUAACAAAUCAAAAGUUGCCUGAUAUGGGAAUUAAAAUAGUUCGUUUUGAUUCCAGUCAAACUGAAAUCGGUAAUGAGGAAGAUAAUGAGAGUAAGCAAGAAUUAAAAUUGACAGUUGAAGAAAUUUAUCCUGAAAAUUUGACCUUAGCUUCCGAUGAUGGUUCAGGCAAUGUUAUAAAUUCUCCAUUAGAAAUUUUGCCUGGUCCAUCAAAUGAAAACAUUAGUCAUGAUAUUGUAGACCCCUUUUCACAGAUGGAUCCUGAACAACUCCAAAGGUUAGAACAUGCCUUAGCAUCUGAACAAGCGAAACAAAUAUUAGGAGAAAAUGUCGCAGCAAUGCUUGACAUGCUUAGUGUAGAUGAUAGUCCGGCUGCCUUUUUACAAAAUUCUAUAAGAAACGAUCAUUGUUAUACUAACCUUUCACCAAGUUCAGAUCCGAAUGGUCCAAAUUUUUUCACAAAUGAUUCGAGAAAUACAAAUAUUGGAGAAACUAGUAAAGGAAAAGGAAAGGGGAAAAAAAUUAUGUCGUCUGGUCCUGUAGGAUCAGGUAGUAUUUUGAAAAAUACUAUAACAAAAGAAGAGUCUAUGAUUGCAAAGCAGAUACCAAAUAAAGCAGUGAUUACAGAUUACACUCCAGUUGGAAUAUCAGAAAAUGAAGAUCCUUCUUACGAAGAAGAUAUAGACGUUGAAGAUAGUGAGGGUUCUGUCGGAGUCGAAGAAGAUAAUCUUUCAGAUGAAGAUUACGGGAGUAGAUCCAGGGCCAAGAGAAAAUCGAGGAGAAGUAGGAAAAAAAUUGUUUUGCGAAAAACUGGCAAAUCAAUGAACAGACAAAUGGUUAAACCUUCUAGUAGAUUUGGCAAGCGAUCUUUUAUUACUCCAGAAGUAAAAGCUCGAAAUGAAAAACUUAACGAUGCUAUGUCCAAAGUUGUUAAAUCAAUGGAAUACGAUACUAAAGAAGAAGAUAAAGUAAUAAAACCGCCAGAACAAGUACAUUUUGAAACGGAAAAAAGUACUAAGGAAGUUCAAAAACACACCGAAGAAACAUUGGUUCCAGAAAAAUCUCACACGGCUAAGUAUCCCAAAAGGGAAAACCGUAAGCCUCCGGCUCAUUUAGCCGAAGCUUUCGGACCAGCUCUAUUUUCCGCUCCUGAUAUUAUUCGUCGAAUUUCCACGACGGAAGAAGUGCCGCAGACACCACCGGAAAAGAAAAAUUUCACCGUCGGUGCUCAUUCGAAUGCUAAAUCAGCUGAAAAAAUGCCUGGCCAAAAACUACCUGGUAAAACCGAGAGUUUACCGAAAGAACCUACAGUUCAGUUAAAACCUAAAACGACCAAAGAACCUUCAAAAAGCAUCAAAACCAAUCAAAAUGAAAACGAAGCGGUGCCUACCAAAAACGAAAAUGAAUCUCGAGAUGAUAAGAAUAAAAAAUUAACGUCGUCGGAAAACAUUGGCCUGGAUUUAGGAAUUGUAAAUAAAAAAGCGAAUUUAGAAAUUCAAAAAUUGAUCGAAAAACAUCAGAGUAAACCUUUGUACGAGGAUGAUCAAGAUUAUUCCGAUGAAAACGUGGAUGAAAAUUAUUAUUUGGAUCCAACUCAAAUGGAUCAAAGUCUGUUGGAGGGUUUUGCGCAAACUGCUAGCAAAAGUGAAGAUCAGUUGUUGCAAGAAGCCAUUUUAUUGCAAGAGCAAUUUAUUGACUCCAGCAAAGGAAUUAUUUUGCCCGAAGCGGAUGGCACCGGUUUGGAUGAAAGUUCCGUCGGUUUGCCAUUCGAAACGGAAACGAUAGAAGACAUUCAAAACGAAAUAACUUCUGCAAUAUUGGUUUCGCGGCAAAACAAUCGGACGGACUCAAAAGAAGCAUUUCAAUUCGACAGCGAGUCUCUUAAAAAUGUUUUAACUCCGAAUGCAGAAGAAUCUAACAGUGCGGGUUCGAUUAAAGUUGAAAAAAAUUCGUCUCAGAGGCGAUCCGAUGAAGUAUCAGAUUUGGAUUCGGAUUUGGACGAUGCUCUUUCGGAAGCAUCCUGGAAUUCCGAAGAUGAUCCAGAUCGUUUGUGGUGCAUUUGUCGAAAACCUCACAAUAACAGAUUUAUGAUUUGUUGCGACGUGUGUGAGGAAUGGUUUCACGGGAAAUGUGUGGGAAUAACAAAAACGAUCGGGAAACAAAUGGAACAAGACGGUUUGGAAUGGUCUUGCCCGAAUUGUACGAAAAAGAAAAAGGUCGAAGAGCACGACAGGGAAGCGGAAAAAAUAAAAGUUUUAAAGGAGAAAAUGGCACAAGGUAUAAAAGAACAACAGGAAAAAAUUAAAGACUCACAAAAAAAAAAUAAAAAUUUAAUAACGAGCUCAUCAAUAAAAUCGCAUAAAUUAACAGGUACUAAUUUAAAACAAACGAAAAUAUCAGACUUUUCCCAUACCAUCGGUCAGGAAUCCGAAGAAGAAACGUUUGGGAGGAAAUGCAUUAUGUGUAAGGGUCCAGUCCGGGAAAAUUCGAUAUAUUGCAGUGAUGAUUGCAUUAGGAAACAUUCACAGCAUGCAAUUUCCCAAUUAAUGUCCGACGGAAACAAAAAGAGCGGUUCCGAAUCUUCCUGCGUUAGUUCAAACGAUAAUUUAAAAAUUGCUCAGAGCGUGCAAAAGGAAGAGUCCAGAAUCGUGGUCAUGGAUUCGAAUAGUAAAAAAUUUUUGGUCGGUCAAAAUGCUCCCACGGCUGCCAAUUUGACAACUUGGCUCAAAGAAAAUCCCAGUUAUCACGUGGUGUAUAAAAAAACAGAUAAACCUGGUAAAAUAUUAUUGACUUCGAGGAAAGUGGUUAAAAUCCAUUCGAAACCAGGAGAAACACAAAAGGUGUUUGUUCAGGCUCAAAAAGUUCCCGAAGGAAUGAAAUCAACGCAGUUGAAAUUAGCCGUCAGUCCCAAUUCGAAACAAAUAAACAUAUUGCAACCGAAUUCCGCGGGACCUGGCACGGCCACGGAAAUAAUCGAAGCGUUGCCUUUACCCAUCAAAACGCUAGUGUCUAAAAACGUUCCGGUUAAGUUAAAGGAAACGACGACGUCUCCCAAAAUUCAAAGCGGGAACAAGGAACAACAACAACAACAACAACAUUUCGUUCAGAAACAAGAUAAAAUACAAAAGAAAAAAAAGGGAAGUUUUCAAAAGUCGGUCGGGAAUGUUCCAGGCGGGAAAGAUAUAAAAAUGGGACAGAAACAAGAAGAGGUCAAAGACAAAGAAAAGGAUAAAAAAGAUGCGGAUCAACAAAUUCGCGAAUCCGUGAAAAAAACACUCGCGGAAACGUUGAAAGUCAGAGUUCAAGAAUGCAAAGACAUGGAAUAUAACGAAGAGCACAUUGAUAAUUUAUCAAUUAAAAUUGAAGAGAAAUUAUUUAAACAUUUUGAAAAUAAAGUCGACACAAAGUACAAAUCUAAAUAUAGGUCGUUAAUUUUCAAUAUAAAGGAUCCGAAAAAUGAAACCUUGUACAAGAAAAUAGUGGAUAAUUUAAUAAGUCCGAAAGAUCUUGUAAAAUUAUCUCCGGAAGAAUUGGCGAGUCAAGAAUUGGCAAGAUGGAGAGAAAAAGAAAAUCAACAUCAAUUGGAAAUGAUAAAAAAAACGGAAUUGGAAUUAAUGACGAAGGGAAAUACAUACAUAAUGAAAAGUCAUAAAGGCGAACAAGUUAUCGAAAGCGAUCAAAGUGAAAAAGUUGCUGCCGUAGCCGCGGAAAUCGAUCCGAACACGCCAGCACAAGAAUUGGUGUCCGCGUUGAAUUCCGUCACGAGCACGACUCAAGAUUUAAACGAAGAAGAGAAGGCGAAAUUAAAAGAAACGGAAAUAAACGUUGAAAAAAUGAAAAAGAAGGAAAAGGAAAGGAGGAGAAGUAGAGAUAGGAAACGUGACAGGAGGGACAGAGAUCGAAGAAGAAGUAGCAGUAGAAGCAAUCACAGUAGUAGAUCACAUCGUUCUAAAGAUAAAAAAAGGAGUCGGAGUCGGGAUAGAGAUAAAGAUAAAUUCAAGCAUCGGCACAAAGACAAAAAGUUGGAUAGUAAAAAAGAGAUGAAUGUUAAAGAGGGACAAGAAUUAUCGUCGGAAAAGUCGGAGGAAAAAUUGGAUAAAAACGAAGUGACCGUAACGAAUGAUGGUGGAGAUGAUUCGGUGAAAAAAACAGUCGAGGAUGAUGACGCGGCAGAUCGCGAACCCAGUUCUACGGUUAUCAUUAAAACCCCGGAAACGAAUUUUGAAGAGCCCGAAAGCGAACCUCAACCCGAGCCCACGCAUUUGUGGAAAGGAUCAAUCGUAAUGGCGGACGUCGCUAGAUUUAGCGGAGUCGCCACCGAAAUCAGCGGGGAUUGUUCGGGUUUAUCGUAUGACAUCGGAGAAAAAGUAGACGUCGUCGGAAGGAUACCUUUUGCAACGGUUUGGGAUUACAUAGCACGAAUGAAAAAAAUGGGUACGAAAGAUAUACUCGUGAUUAAGAUAAUCCCCAUGACCGACGAAGAAAAAGGAUCGUACGUCACGUUGUAUUCUUACCUUUCAAAAAGAUCUCGAAUCGGAGUUAUUGGUAAAACGAGCGAAGCCGUUAAAGAUUUUUAUCUGUAUCCGUUAGCUAGUCAUUCCCCCUUACCUCCGGUUUUGUUACCUUUGGACGGUCCUGCUUUCGAAGCUGAAAGGGAAAAUAUCAUUUUGGGAAUAAUUGUACGAAACAAGCACAGGAGUAGACACGCGGCGACUACGUCAUCAGAUCAUCACUUGUCGAAAUCGUCCAAAAAGCAAUCGGCAAACGUCGAAGACGAAGAUGCCUCACUAUCCGAAACCGUUCCCGAUCGAUCCUACACUCCUCCUCUUCCCGACAAAGAUCAAGAGCAAUCAAAUAAAAAAGAAAGACAGAAAAGGAAAAUCCGCGUUCAAAUGGCCUACAACAAAUCCGAUCAUGCUAAUGAAAUGGAUAGUCUGGAUGAGGUGGAAGAUGACGAUUCACCUUAUUCUCCUGGUGAUUCAGACGAAGAUUUACCUCCUUUGUCGAAAGUUUCAAAACCCUCCGUGUCUGACAUAUCCACUUCAAUUUCGAAAUUAUUAUCGCCUGGUGUCGUCGCGACUUCGGAUAGUAAUUUACAAGAUCCCUCUGAAAUUCAGAAAAAAAUUGAAGAAAUGAAUCGUGCGAUCGAAGAGCAAACGCAGCAAAUUCAAAGCCUUACGUCGACGGUACCAAAACUCGCAGCCGGAGUCGUUCUUCCCAAUUUACCCCUUCUUGCCAACGUAACUUCGGCUAUACUCGCCCCUAGUUUGUCUCCGACAACAACGAAAUCCGUUAUUUCAUCGAGCUCCGAUGCAAGAGAACAAUCUCCUCCAGCAGCAGUCGAAAAAGUUCAGCUUCCAUUGAUCUCUUCGGAUAAUGACGAAUCCAACGGACCCUCAAGAUCAUUCACUCCUCCUCUUAAAGUCGAAGAAAAUAUUCCUUUUUUACCCGAAGUCACGAGUAAGAUCUCACUGCCUUCCAAUCUCCAGGAAAUAUUGAAUUCGAUACAGAAAAAAACGGAAGAACCCGAAUCGGUCACAAAGGACAUAAUCAAUCCGGUGGAAGAUUUAGUCAAGGCGAACAAUCCGAACAUAGACAUGGCGUUGAACGUUUUGAACCAAACGAAAAAUCUCUUGAGCGGUUUGUCGGCGACGUCGGAAAGUUUUUCGGAAAGCGCGAGGAAGGAGGAUAAAUCCUCGGAUUCCAAACCGAUAUUGAGUCGUCUCACGGAUCAAGAACUAUUGAGAAAAGUCAAAGAAAUGGAAAUGGAUGCGGAAAUGGAUAAUUUGAUGCAAGUCUCUUCGCAGCCUAUGCCUCCCGGCAUCCAAGACAUUCCUUUGUUGCCCUCGAACGGUCCAUACGCGAAUCCUCCUCCGACGUCACAGUUUUUCGCUAACAAUUCGCUUUUAUCCACGGGACCUCCCGUUCUCGGUGAAUCUUCUUACGUGAAAACGAUGAUGGGAGAGACGGAAGAUAAGAAACCGGAGAAAAGAAUGAAAUUGGAUCCGAAAUCCGUGUUCGAAAGCGAAGGAGUCCCCGAUUUUUUAAACGUUCCCUGUUCGAGUUGGGACGUGAAAAAGGGACAGAAGGGUAAAAAUUACAAAAUCGACAUCAAAUUGGGAAUGAAUUCGCUCGAGAGGAAAAAAAUUGACAUGGAUCAUUUCGACAUCGAAAGCAUUUCGAAAGUAUCGAAUUUGAGUAAUAGUGCUGCGAGAGAUGAUAGGCACAUGCCGUCGAGCAGCAGUUGCGGUUCGAAAACCGUUGAAGACGCGAAAUUCGAUUUAGACGAACGCGUUCUCAUCAAGAACGAUGAGAAAUACAAUAGGGGAAGUUACGAGAGAGACAGACGACGGAGCGACGAUAGGGAAGUCAAACGUGAUUGGAAAUACGAUCGGAGAGGACACUGGGACGACGGUAGGAGGUACAAGGACGAUUAUCGAAGACACGGGAGGAGAGACAGGCCCAAGUUUAGAAAAGACAGGUUCGACGACAAGAGAAACAGGCACUUGCAAAAAGAAUGGGAUGGAAGUAUAAAAAAUUUUGAAGAAAGACAAAGAUGGAGGAAUCAGGAAAUGAGGAGGGACGAAAUGAGAAGAUUGAGAAAGAGAGCGGAUUCUUCAACGAAUUAA